AUAGUGGUAUUAUACUGGACAACCGAACAGAUGAGAAUAGUCUCUGCGAUGGAAAAUGACAACAAUCAGCCGAGAGCACCAGGCAUCCCUUUAUCCAGGAAGCUGUGCUAUGCUGUUGGAGGAAUGCCUUAUCAAAUGACUUCAAAUGCCAAGGGCUUCUUCAUGCAGAUCUUUUUACUGGAUGUUGUGGAGAUGGGGGCCUUCUCUGCAUCCAUCAUUCUCUUCCUCGGUCGAGCUUGGGAUGCCAUUACUGAUCCUCUGAUUGGAUAUACUGUGAGCAAGAGCGGCCGGACACGAAUCGGCAAACUCAUUCCCUGGAUUGUGUUCUCAAUGCCAUUGGGGGUCCUAUCCUACAUCAUGCUCUGGUAUACUCCACAGGAUGCCAUGUCCCCUGCCUCCAAUUUCUGCUGGUACUUCACAUGGUGCUGUCUGUUUGACACCUUCAUGAGUUGUUACCAUGUGCCCUAUUCGUCCCUAAACAUGUUUCUGGGAGGUAAUGAGAGAGAUCGAGACUCAGCCACCGGCUACAGAAUGGGAAUGGAAGUGUUUGCUACACUGGCGGGAGCCACCAUUCAGGGUCAGAUAGUGGGGGUGUACCACGCCAAGAAAUCGCAAGCAUGCAGCUCGCAAAAUGACACAAAAUUGCCCGUUGGGAACGUCACGACCUCACCUGAUGGCAUUUCUGAGACACUUCAAAAUACAAGAAGAGCCUAUUUGACUGCUGCACUAUUAUUAGGACUGCUUUAUUUCCUGUGUUGCCUUGUGCUUUUUAUUGGAGUAAAAGAGCAAUUAGCUCCUCUGAGUAAACUGGACCGCAUAAAUAAGUCCUACCUAACUAGUAUGAAGAUGGUGGUGUGUCACAUUCCAUAUGUGCAGCUUGUAUUUGGCUUCCUCUUUUCUUCAAUUGCCUUCCAGAUGGCUCAGGGAAAUUUUGCCUUGUUUUGUACUCACGCAGCAGAUAUGGGACAAUAUUUUCAGCACCUUGUCCUCAUUUUACUGACAGCAGCCACAUUGUCCAUUCCAUUAUGGCAGACACUCUUGGUCAAAUUAGGCAAGAAGACCACCAUAUUCAUCGGCCUAUCAUCUUAUAUCCCAGCUUUAACUGUAAUAUCCCUAGUGAGGAGUAAUUUUCCCGUCUUCAUCAUUAUGUCUGUGUUAGCUGGGACCAGUCUGGCAGCCCUCUAUCUGCUCCCUUGGUCCAUGUUGCCAGAUGUGGUGGAUGACUUCAAGGUCAAGAACCCUUCUUGCCAGGAUCUAGAACCAUUGUUUUACUCCUGUUAUGUUUUCUUCAACAAAUUUGGAGGAGGAAUGGCUAUUGGAGUCUCUACCUUGGUACUACAUUUUGCAGGAUACAAACCUGGUGCCUGUAGGCACAAUCCUGAGGUUAUAUACUCACUGCGAAUUCUUUUCGCUCCUGUGCCCAUUUGUCUUCUGCUGGUGGGCAUAGUGAUGUUUUACUUCUAUCCUAUCAAUGAAGAGCGACGGCAGCAAAUCCAGAAAGCAUUAAGGAAAGCAGGGGCAGAAAACAGCAUGAAGGAAGAAGAACUGAGGAUAUGAAGCAAUUAGUAUUUCACAUAUACAACUUUUGUAACAUUGACAGGCUCUCCAACUGAAUCAUGAACAUGUUUUGUUUUUUUCAUCUCAGUGUAAUACUUUCUCUUGAUCAGUGUUUCUCAAUCUUUCUCAGUGGAGCUCCCCAAACACUGCAUAUUUAGUAGUUUAAUUGACUGAUUUCAGCCCAUGGGGUGCUCCAACACACCCAAAUCAGGCCAUGGAGAACUAUACUUAUAUAGUUAAAAGGGUCAUAUAAUGAUAACUUAAAAUGUCCUUUAUAGGGACUGGAAAGAUUCCAAGGAAUGAAAAACUAACUAAAUGGUUUUCAGAAUGUAACUGAAAACGGAAUAAAGUCCUUUUCAAAUGUUCCCGAGUGAAAACAUUAUUUUGAAAUAUUGGUUACAGAAAAUUUUCGAAAUUACACCAAUUCCUGUUGUCCAAAAAAAUAAGACAUCUCUCUUUUUAGUUGAAUAUGAUUAUGUGCUUUAGUUCUGAAGGAAAUUGCUGCAUCACAAAAUAUAUUGUCUUAUAGCAUGCUGAAGACCUUUUAGACAAUUAUGUAUAAUUACUAUAUAUACAUGCAUGGUUAAUCAUAUACAAAUACA